CUUCCAAACUUUCACUUUCAUUUUGACGGAACAAGACCAAGAACAGUCAGUCGGUGGCUUGAGAAUGCUUGGUCAUUUUUCAAAUGUAAAUAUAUAUAUUCCAAACACAAUCGUAACCCUUCGAAUGAUACUUUUUCUCAUCGGCGUCGUUGAUAUUUGACAUACAAACAUGUUCAAAGUGAGCGCCUUGUUGUUCCUGCUGCUUUUAGCGUGCGUGGACGUGUCCAUUGUGAGCGUCCUGCGUUCCCUGCAGCUCUCGCCGCAAUUCUUCCCCAUCUUCCCUUGUCCUCCAUUCGUCGUCCUAUGGGGAGGAGAGUUAACCAGGGCCAUCCUGCUUCUCCUGCUGUUGCUCCCUGCCAGCGUUCCCUCAUGCUCCAGAGGCUUCGGGGCCAUCCAGAGCAUCCUGGUCCUGUGCUUGCACUUCCCGACGUACGUGACUCUUCUCCAUGUUCUCGGCUGGAGCGUCGAGGAGGAGAUGUGGGCGUGGCACUCAUGGGAAAGGGUGUUUCAGGGUUACCUGGUGACGGCGACGGCGUGGAUCUACUGGAGUCAGUACGUCCAAUCUUUGCUGCAGUCUUUGUUUCUCGCCGUGUCAUCUGGGUGGAGUCGGAGGAGCAGCAAACAAGAGUCCACAAAGGACACUUCCUCGUCUCUGAUGGGGUUCAUGUGGCCUCACUUUGGUCGCUUUGUAGUCAUGCUACUUUUGGUGGGGAUCUCCUGCUUUUGCGAGAUGGCGGUCCCUCUGUACACGGGUCAAGUGACGGACUGGCUCCAGAACCAAGGGGAUCCUGACGCUUUCACGGAGGCCGUCACAAUUAUAGCAAUCAUGACUGUUGCCGGUGCCGUACUGGAGUUCAUUGGGGACCUGGUGUACAACACCACCAUGAGUCACAUUCACACGGCGGUACAGGGAGAUGUCUUCCAGGCUGUACUCAAACAGGAGAUUGCCUUUUUUGAUGCCACCCCCACAGGUGAGCUGGUGUCGCGCAUCACGACGGACACCAACACAAUGAGCGAAGCACUGAGCGAGAGACUGAGCCUGCUUAUGUGGUACACGGGCCGCGUGCUCUUCUUGUUCGUCUUCAUGAUCAAGCAAUCGGGGAAAAUGUCCCUGCUCACCUUCAUGGGGCUGCCCAUCGUAUGGCUGGUGCCAAAAUUCGCCUCACAGUUCCACCAGAAAAUAUCAGUGAAGGUCCAAGAGUCUCUGGCUAAGGCGAAUCAAGUUGCUACAGAAACCUUUUCCUGCAUUACGACGGUGAAGAGUUUCGCCAACGAGGACGGUGAGACGGAACGCUACAGCCGCUGCUUGGAGGACAUAUAUGCCCUCAACAAGUUAGAAGCAGCCACAUAUGCCAGCACAACUUCGGCCAACAGCUUGACCACACUCGUCAUGAAGGUGUGCGUCAUGUACUACGGAGGCGUAUUGGUGACCCAGGGAACAAUCAGCAACGGAGAACUCGUCUCCUUCAUCCUCUACGAACUUCAGUUCGGUUCCGUGGUGGAUGCUUUAAUGCAUUCGUACCCUGAGGUGAAGAAAGCCGUGGGAGGAUCUAAGAAGAUCUUUGAGUAUUUGGAUCGGAAACCUCAAAUACCCCCGGAUGGAACCUUGGCCCCCGAGUCCCUGAAGGGACACGUCCAGUUCAAAAAUGUUACGUUUGCCUACUCGGGCAAGUCAAACACUGACAUCCUCAAGGGCCUGUCCCUGGAAAUGAAACCCGGCCAGAUCACGGCACUGGCGGGACUCAACACAGCUGGGAAGUCCACCUGUGUUAGGCUCCUUGAAAGGUUUUAUCAGCCCCAAGGUGGAGAAAUUCUUCUGGACGGGAAGCCACUGAACAGUUACCAAGAUGCUUAUCUUCGCCAGAAGAUUUCAGUGGUGAGCCAGGAUUGUGCCCUGUUUGCCCGUUCCGUGCGGGAGAACAUCAAGUACGGCUGCCCGGAGGCCAGCGACGAGGACAUGUACCGCGCGGCCCGAUUGGCCAGCGCUCACGACUUCAUCAUGGGGCUGUCCGAGGGCUACGAUACAGAUGCUGGUGAGAAAGGCGGACAACUAUCUGGCGGUCAAAAGCAACGUAUUGCCAUUGCGCGGGCCUUAAUUCGACAGCCCACCAUUUUGGUACUGGACAACGCCACCAGUGACUUGGACACUGAAAAUGAACAUCAGGUAUACCAGGCUUUGCUGAAACAAAAUUGCAACAAUCGCUCCGUGCUACUCAUCUCCACCAAGAUGAGGGUGGUGGAGAAGGCCGACCACAUCAUCUUCUUAAAGGACGGCGUGGUCAGGGCAGAGGGACGCCACCACCAGCUGCUGGAGAAUUGCGAGGACUAUGCUAAACUUGUGAAUGAGGUGCAAUGAAGGAUGCCAUGUGGAGUGGGACACUUUUUUUCCUGUCAUUUCUUCUGGUUUACGUGAAGAUUCUUUUCACUCAAAUUCUAUAAAUUGCUGGGCAACGCUGUCGUUUCUAAUUCACUAGACUGCUUGGACUUCUCUAAUUGAAUUGAAUUUCUCUCGCCGUAUGAAAUAUUUGAUUAGAUGUUAUGUCUGUCCCAUUUAUUAUUAAAUGCAUGAAUAUUGUGUAAA